UUGGUUGUUUCCAUCUUCUGGCUGUUGUGAAUGCAGCUGUGAACACUGGUGUACAAGUAUCAGUUUGUGCUCCUGCUUUCAGUUAUUUUGGGCAUAUACCUGGGAAUGCAGUUGCUGGAUCAUAUGAAGUUGGCUCUGGAGGGUGGUGAGUCAGAGGAGACCGACCGAAGGCAGCAGGCGGCUGAGGUCAUGGCCUCCGACCUGGACUUCUCACCCCCCGAGGUGCCCGAGCCUACUUUCCUGGAGAACCUGCUACGGUACGGACUCUUCUUGGGAGCCAUCUUCCAGCUCAUCUGUGUGCUGGCCAUCAUCGUACCUGUUCCCAAGUCCCACGAGGUGGAGGCAGAACCCUCCGAGCCUAGAAGUGUGGAGGUGACGAGGAAGCCCAAGGCUGCUGCUCUUUCUGCCAGCAAGAGGCCCAAGAAGGAGGCCAAGAAGAAGCGGUAGAAGAAGAGGCCUGCGGAGCCAGGCAGGCGGGGCGUGGGCCCAGGGGGCAGCCCUCCCGGGACUCAACGUCCUGUUCCCUCCUUCAUCCCAGGGGCAGGGCUGAGGUGGCUGGGCCGCUCUCUGACCACAGAGAUCUGGACAAUCGUGGCAGUCCCCAGGCCCCAGCUGGGCAGUUCCACUUCCUUCUGCUUCCGUGACAGUUUAGAGCCAAGGGGACUGAAACCCCCUACGAGCAGAGGCUGUCUAAGAAGUCCGCCUGUUCAGAAGUUGGGCUGGCUCAGAGUGACACUUCCAUGCUUAAUCAUUGUGGCCAGCCUUUACUUACCCACCUUGUGGAUUUACACUACAUUCUAGAGUCAUGAUCUCACGCUGACAAGCACUGCCCCUCCCAUUACUCGUGCACCGCAGAUCUGCUCACCAGUCACCUUUGUCUCUCCUAGUACAGAAGGAGCCAAGCCAGGCCUUCCCUGUUUGUUUAGGUCAAGACACCACGGCCACUGUGAUGGUGGUCCCAGAGGCACGACAGCCAGGUCCGAAGAUGCCUGGUGUGAGAGCCUGCAGGAAAGCCGGCCAGGGUUGUGCUUGGUUCUCUGGCAAAUGGAAGGGACUUGGCCCAUGUUCUUGGGCCCAGUCUUUCUGAGCCUCUGAAAUGGGGGGCUUGUCAAUCUCAGACCGACCUCUUUUUAGCCCAUCAUGGUACAUUCAGUGUGUGCCUUUUGGCUUCCAUCUGACACGUCUCCACUUCCCCUAAUUCUUUCAACCCCAGAACAGUGAGGAAGAGUCAUCUGGGCAAAUAAACAUCAAUAAACUGCCUCCCACGCUGGA